CCUGUGUAUAAUGUAAAUGCUAAUCCACGGAUAGCCCUGCACUAAAGAUUUUGUUGCACGACAUGCAGGCGAAGGUAUUUCUUCAGUGAACUGUAUUUAAAGUCUUGUAAUGCACGGGCAGCCAUGGAUUAUCAUGCUUAUACAAUGGUCAUCAAGUUGUAGCAUUUAUUUGAUUUAAUUAUUGAUAAAGAAUGGUGACCAAACUCAUUGGAACAUCCUGCCAGCCAAUCAGAAUUGAGUAUUCAGACUGACCAUGGUAUAUCUGGAUUAUUUUAUUAUUAUAUGCAAACGUUUGUGCCUUAAUGUUGUAUCUGUCUUUCUCCCAUUAUCAGGAAUUGGGUGAUAAGAGCUCUGGGACUGCGGACGAUUGCAGUUUUCAACCAUCUUCAUCAGAGAAUCAAAGUGUUAAUCCUUCAUCAGACAAAGAGAAAUGCCCCCAUGAAGUUCACUGUUCUGUUAUCUCCUGUUUGGAUUCUUGUGAAGAUUGCAGUGGACCUGUUUCUAGUCGAAGAUGGCUUGGCUUAACGUGCAAAUUAUGUUCAAGAUCAUGGCACAAAACCUGCUUCCUGAAAAAAGGUGGUGAAAUGCUUAAUGUCGAAUUGUCCUGUUCUGAAGACAUCAGCUCUGAUGAAGAAUAUACUCCUCAAUCCUCUGAUGACUUCAUUCCAGAUUCUAGACAAAAUAGUGAUAGUGGUGAAAGUCCACCAUAUUUUAAAACCACACCGGCUGUUGUAAAGUCUUCAAAGGUCGCAAAAAAUGUGCCAAAACCCACUUACUGUUCAUCCACUGAGCAAGAGAUGAUUAGUUCUGGUAAGGAUAUCACAUGUGAUGGUCAUGAUCCUACCACAAAAAGUAUUGUGAUGCUUCAGAGUCCUAAGAGUACACCAACAGUAUCUUCUGAUGAACGGUCAUCAAUUGACAAUGUGUCAAACCCCAAAGACACUAUUUCUACCCACAGUCAAAAAUUGCCCGUCACUUUCAAAAGCAUCAAGACACUGAAACAGAAAUCGCUGCUGCAUUCUCGCUCCCUAAACACUCCAAGGACCGAAAACGGUUACUUGAGAAGCUCCGAAACAGAGGCAACUACGAACAUAAUCGAGAGGUUAUGGAGAAUAAGAGUGGACCACUGAAAGUCAAAAGGCGCCCAGCGAGAUCAGAGAUUGAACUGAGUUCCAAAAAUGACUAAAUGUAAAUGUUAAUGUUAAUGGUCUUGAACUUUUGAUCAGCUGCUGAACAGUCUGUUUGAGUUUAAAUUAAAUUUCAGUAAAUUACCUACUCUUAGUUGUUUGUCUCCUGCUACUGUUUCUUGUUUGGCAUUUUGAAGCAUUUACAUUUACAUUUAGUCAUUUGGCAGAUGCUUUCAUCCAAAGCGACUUACAGUGCACUUAUUACAGGGACAAUCCCCCUGGAGCAACAUGGAAUAAAGUGUCUUGCUCCAGGACACACUGGUGGUGGCUGCUGGGAUCCAACCAGCAACCUUUGAUUUACCAGUUCAGUGGUUUAACCCACUAGACCACCCACUAGACCACCAUCUCACAUUAUCUCACAUGAAGCAGUACUUAGAACCUGGUUAUGAUCCACCGGUGAGAAAUGCGAAUACUUGUAAUGUUUCCCACCGUUCUUAAGAUAUUGUUCAGGAGAGUAUAUAAAUAUAUGUAUACCAUCUUAAAUCUGAAUAUAUAUAUAUAUUCAGAUUUAAGAUUGUCAGAAACUGAUUUUACAGUAGGUAGAGGAGGUAUAGUUGUGUCAUUGUUGACUCCAUGUGACCAUCAUUAAGAUUUUUCAUGUGGGACAUGUUUCUUAUUAUCAGAAACAAAGUAUUUGGGUUGUCAUGUUGGACUCAUCAUUUAGUUUUUCUUGAAUAAAGGAAACGAAAAAAGAAGGAUGAGGUUGACCCAGGUUGAGGCUGGAAGCUCCAAUGGUAUGCUUAAUGUAUAUUUAUAUAUACAUAUAUUCAGAUUUAAGAUGGUCAGAAACUGACUUAAAAUUAGAAACUGAAAUAUAUUGUUGCUUUUUUCAUAGGAAAAAUGCCCCCAGAUGAGGCUGUGAGCUCCACAUGUAUAUGCAUUCUUAAUAGAUUAAUUAGAUAAUGCAGAAUUAAUUGUUUUCAAAUGCAUUGAUGUUAACAACGAUUAUUAAAUGCUGAAAAACUAUAUUGCUCAUUCAUUUAAGCUUAUACAUUUACCAAUGAUAACAAAUACAAUCUUACUGUAAAGAGAAAGUAUGCAAAAAAGUAUUUUGAAAUAAUAAAGAACACCCAAAACUAAAACGUUUGAAGGGCAUAAUUGAAUACCUUUAAACGACAUUCCAAGAUAACUAAUUUUUUAUUUUGUUUUGCAGAGCCCAAAUCAAGGAGAGUUGUUAAAAGGCCAUGGAGCCAAAU